UGAAAUGACAGGACACGUCAGGUGACGUGACAAACCAAAACCCGCUGCUGCUACUAGCACCGAUUAGCAAGUUUGUUGACUUUCGCAUUUUCUCGUUCUUCCCCUCAACAUAACAGCAGUGACACGAAAAUGGACAAUAGCGGAAAAGAUAAAGAAGCAACGGCUUUAGUGGCCGAGGCUGAAAAGAAAAUGAAAUCUUCGCAGUCGUUUUUCGGAGCGAUGUUUGGAAAAACCUCUUCACAACGGGGUUCCUCCAAGAUGGAAGAGGCCUGUGACAUGUAUGUGAGGGCAGCCAACAUGUACAAAAUGGCCAAAAAUUGGUGUGCUGCAGGAAACGCGUUCUCCCAAGCCGCACGCCUUCACCUCCAGAUGCAGAGCAAACACGACGCAGCCACUAACUUCAUAGACGCUGGAAACGCAUUCAAAAAAGCAGACCCACAAGAGGCCAUAAACUGCCUAAACCGAGCUAUUGAGAUCUACACCGAUAUGGGGCGCUUCACCAUCGCAGCUAAACAUCACAUCACCAUUGCUGAAAUAUAUGAGACAGAGAUGGUGGACAUCGACAAGGCCAUUGCUCAUUAUGAACAGGCAGCAGAUUAUUACAAAGGUGAAGAAUCCACCAGUUCAGCAAACAAGUGCCUUCUGAAAGUAGCAACCUACGCCGCUCAGCUGGAACAGUACCCAAAAGCCAUUGAGAUCUAUGAACAGGUUGGAACCCACGCCAUGGACAGUACCCUCCUGAAAUACAGUGCCAAGGAUCACUUCUUCAAGGCAGCGCUCUGUCACUUCUGUGUAGACAUGCUGAAUGCAAAACUUGCUGUGCAGAAGUAUGAGGAGAUGUUUCCCGCCUUUUCAGACUCUCGAGAAUGCAAGCUGGUGAAGAAACUUCUAGAUGCCUAUGAAGAACAGAACGUGGAUGCCUAUACUGACUCGGUGAAGGAAUUCGACACCAUUUCACGGUUGGACCAGUGGCUCACCACCAUGCUUCUCCGCAUCAAGAAAACCAUCCAGGAUGAGGAGAGCGACCUGCGCUGACCCCUCCUGCUCC